AGCGAUUUCCUUAAUUAUAACUUCUCCUUUGUUUCCAUAGUCUGUGUUCUUUUCUUGUCUCACUUUCUCCUCUAUUCUCACAAACACACACUUAGUACAAAAAACAAUUACAUGGCUGAACUAGAAUUUCGCGCGAGUACUAACACCAGUGGACGUUUAAAAUUAUUUGGUUUCGACAUGACAAAGGAUCAAGAAGAGGUUGAGUACUCGACAAAAAAUUCUUCGGGGUCAUCAGAAUCCGGUGAUUUUCCGGCUAUCGAUGGCCGGAAAUACGAGUGUCAAUAUUGCUCUAGAGAAUUUGCAAAUUCACAAGCUUUAGGUGGCCAUCAAAAUGCUCACAAAAAAGAAAGGCAACAAUUGAAACGUGCCCAAAUGCAAGCUAGUAGAAAUGCAUACAUGCGUAACCCUAUUAUCUCCGCCUUUACGCCGCCAUCACACCUCCUUCCUCCGCCAGGACACGUGGUGGUUCCGGCAACAUCUCCAUCAUGGGUUUACUUACCGCGACCCAUGACACCCUUCCACGUGUCACAUGGUGGGAGGGGUGUAGGGAACUUUCAGUACACCCGCAGUGUAGGGGAUUCUAGCUUAACAAGUGUUGGGCCUCAACAUGUUAAGGCCCAUAGUGGUAGAGUUGAUGGAAAUAGUGGGCCACCAUUGAGUAGGUUGUCUAGAGCGGAUUUUGGGCCCAAUUUCGAUGAUGCUUUUGGAUUGGAUUUACAUCUAAGCCUUGCUCCAGCUGCGCCGUAGAAAUAACGUUUACUGGCCACUUUUCUGUCCCGACUCGAAAAAAAAAAAUCAAUCAUAAAGUUUCAAAUUUCAAAACGUUUCGGCUUCAUCUUUGCAAAACAAGCCAGAGAUUCAAAAUCCACAGGUGGCUCGCAGGUUGGCUUGGAUAUAAUCUAGAAUAGAAUUAGUUUUCCUAAAUAUAGGAUCUUGUACAUGUUCAAAUUAUUAUUUGAUUUUUCACUCAAAGAAAAAAAAUUCA